UUUUUUCCCUUCAGGGCACACACUCCUGCAAAACCAGCCAGUUACUCAGUAAAGUGGACGAUAGAAGAAAAAGAGCUGUUUGAACAAGGGCUGGUAAAUAGUGCAAUUUUUAAUUUAUAGUAAAAUAAUUCUAGAAGCCAAUAUUAAUAGAAUUAUAAGGUUAAUUCAUAGAGACCAGAUAUUUCUUUUUAAUGAUUACAUUUUUAGUCUUUCUGUAGUGGUAAUGUUUAUAGAAUAGCACGUGAGAAUUCCUUUUAACUCGUGCCUAAGUUACUAAAAUACUAAAAUAGACUUGGGUCAAUAUUUUAGGUAGUCUUCAUUCUCCUUCCCUCCCUUUUUUUGGUAUUAAUAAAACCCAAGAAAUUGACUGUCUGUAUACAUGACACUAACUUAUCUGGAUUAAAAGGAAGAACUAUUUAGUUAUCUAAACUACACUAUUUAGUUUAACUAUUUAGUUAUCUAAACAGAUAAACAUUUAGUUAUCUGAUGUUUUCUCUUGGGUAAAAAAACCCAGAAAAACAAAAAAACUUGUAUAUUUGGAACUGUCUGCAAAAUCAGCUGAGUUCUUUGUUAUUCAGAUAUUUGGCAUUGUGCACACAGUCUGAAUAUUUUUUUUAGUGGAUCUAGCGGAAGACCAGAAAUAUUUCUUUUGCAUGAAUGUUUCAGUGAGAUCUAUUUAAAUGGCCACAAGUUGCAUAAUAGAAAAAAAAAUGUGUGCCAGUUUUUAAUUCUAAAAAUUCUAUUAAUAUGAAGAAACUUCUCAGAAAAUAUUUGGAAAUUUUUUUCUAACUAUUAAGAGUAGGUUGUAUCUUUUUCUUUAAGGUACAUGUUACCUAGUGUUAUGCUAAUUUUGAAAUUAUACACACUUAUAUAUAGGAUAUUUAUAUAAUAUUUAUGUGGGAUUUAUGAAUACAAAUUGAAAUGUCAUUGUUAACAUUUCUACAGAUAUGGGAAAUAAAAUGUAUUUGUAUUUUUACAGUUACCACCAUGACAUCUAUAUAUUCUGUGGUGUCUUUGUAUAAAUAAAUAAACUAUCUUGAAGGUUUUAUCUUGAGGUUUUUUUAUCCUGUACUGUUGAUGGUUUUUAUGUUGGUAUUUCAUUCUGUUUUCUGAUUAUAAUUUUUAUAACUGAACUUUAAUUAACUAGUUACUUAUUUAAGAUUGCUGACUGCCUUGGUGUUUUGCCCCGUACUGAAGACUGUGUGUGUGUGCGUGCAUGUGUGUGUGUACAUGUAUGUGUCUACAAACACGUACACAUACACACACACAAUAAUGGGUUGUGGAUUUUUAGAUUACCGUUGACACUGGUGGUAAUGACCGGGACUAUAUCUGCAGGACUCAAAAUUCAAAGGGUAUCUAAAGUUAGAGGGUGUUAAGUCUCCUUAUCGCUUCUAUCUCUUCCUGCAGUUUUCUUUGCCGGAGGUAACCAUUGUCGUCUGUUCUUUGUGUAUGCCUCCAGAGAUACUUCGUCCCUGUAUAAGCAAAUACAUAUUUAUUUGUAUACAUGUGUAGGUAUCUACCCAUAUACAUAAGGUACUUUAAACUUAGAAUGUUUUCCCACAAAACUACAUGGAAUUAUUGGUUGUAUUCCCAGCCUUUUUAACCUCUUGAUACAGUUUGUUUAAACACUGAAUUCUCUCAGGCUUCAGAGAAGGGAAUUACGUGGUACUGAGUGAUGAGGGAAGAUUUUUCUCUCCCUAUCUGGGGCAGAGAUCUGUCUCUUUGCCCUGUUUUGAAAUUGGUGAGUUUCUUCUUUGUUCCCCUUGUCAGCGCACCCUCUCCGGUUUUCGUAAGGCCUAAGCUCCUACAGUCCCAAUUGUCCAGAUCUUUGCUGUGUCCACAAGUGUUCCAUGCUAUGAAGUCAUUCAUUUGCCUUCAUCCCACAAUGAAUAUAACUAAUUUUUCAGCUAAAUUUGGCCGAAGGUGGACCAAAAUUGCAAAGCUAAUUGGAAGUCGCACUGUUUUACAAGUUAAGAGUUAUGCCAGGCAGUACUUUAAAAAUAAGGUAAAAUUAGAGGGUCCAGAGAAGGAAACGCCAAAUCAGAAGAGCAGCAGUGAUCUUCAGAUUAAAAAUGAAGAUGAAGGCACAAAGGCACAGACACCAUCAGGUUUAAGGGGACGUGCUGAUCCCAACUUGAAUGCUAUAAAAAUUGAAAAGUUGUCUGAUGAUGAAGAAGUAGACAUUACAGAUGAGGCAGAUGAGGUGACUUCUCAAGCUUCUUCCAAAAAUCCUAGCAAUGAUGUUGUAUUAAACAUUCCUAAUAGUGAAAGUCAUGAAGUCAGUCAAGGAGAAUUUAUUGCUUUUCCCAACCAGGAAGUUUCCAUAUCUAAAUAUUCCAAGGAAUAUUUUCAGAUUACAAAGCAGGGUGAUAUGGAAGUACUUUCAAGCUCAGGAAUUACAUUUUGUACUGAAAAACAGAGCACUAGUGACAAAAUACCUGUUGAAUUAAAUGAUCAAAAAUGUAAUAAACUGAUGAAGAGCUGUGAAAAACAUGAUGGAAAUGGAGUAAUAGAUGAUUCCAGGCAGCUGCCUUCGCCAGAGCUUUGUAAAGUUCGGGAAGAUCUGAGUGAUGAUGAAAUGCUUUUUCAUUCUUCCUGCCACAUGGAGGAGGAGAGGCACGAGGAAGACGAGCUUAAGCCACCAGAACAAGAAAUAGAAGUAGAUAGAAAUACCAUUCAAGAAGAAGAAAAGCAAGCAAUUCCUGAGUUUUUUGAGGGACGCCAAGCUAAAACACCAGAACGCUAUUUGAAAAUUAGGAAUUACAUUUUGGAUCAGUGGGAGAUAUGCAAACCGAAAUACUUAAAUAAGACCUCAGUACGUCCUGGCCUGAAGAACUGUGGGGAUGUUAAUUGUAUUGGACGGAUUCAUACAUACCUCGAAUUGAUAGGAGCAAUCAAUUUUGGAUGUGAACAGGCUGUGUACAACAGGCCACAGCCAGUUGACAGAGCACGAGUCAGAGACCGGAAAGAUGCGGCAGAAGCUUACCAGCUCGCCCAGCGUCUGCAGUCUAUGCGCACAAGGAGACGCAGGGUCCGAGACCCGUGGGGAAAUUGGUGUGAUGCAAAAGACUUAGAAGGACAAACCUUUGAGCAUCUCUCUGCUGAGGAAUUGGCAAGAAGAAAAGAGGAAAAAUGUAAAUCUGUUAAAUCAUCAAAAGUACCAAGACCAACAAAAAGCUCAUUUGAUCCGUUCCAGCUGAUACCUUGUAAUUUUUUCAGUGAAGAAAAGCAGGAGCCAUUUCAGGUGAAAGUGGCUUCAGAAGCACUUUUAAUAAUGGAUUUGCAUGCUCAUGUCUCUAUGGCAGAAGUGAUUGGUCUGUUAGGAGGAAGAUACUCCGAAGUUGACAAGAUCGUUGAGGUCUGUGCAGCAGAACCGUGUAACAGUCUGAGUACAGGACUGCAGUGUGAGAUGGAUCCUGUCUCACAGACACAGGCCUCAGAAACCUUGGCUGCAAGAGGCUAUAGCGUUAUUGGAUGGUAUCAUUCUCAUCCUGCCUUUGAUCCAAAUCCUUCUUUACGAGAUAUUGACACUCAAGCCAAAUACCAGAGUUACUUCUCCAGGGGUGGUGCAAAGUUCAUUGGAAUGAUCGUUAGUCCUUACAAUCACAACAAUCCUUUGCCUUAUUCCGAGAUUACCUGCCUGGUUAUAAGUGAUGAAAUUAGCUCAGAUGGCUCUUACCGUUUACCUUACAAAUUUGAAGUACAACAGAUGCUAGAAGAGCCCCAGUGGGGAUUAGUGUUUGAAAAGGCAAGAUGGAUAAUAGAAAAAUACCGACUAUCCCAUAGCAGUGUCCCUAUGGAUAAAAUCUUUCGCCGGGAUUCUGACCUGACUUGUUUGCAGAAACUCUUGGAGUGUCUGAGGAAAACUCUGAGCAACGUGACUAAUUGCUUCAUUGCUGAAGAAUUCUUGACUCAAAUAGAAAAUUUAUUCAUUUCCAAUUAUAAAAGCAAGCAAGAGAAUGGAGUGGCUGAAGCGGACUGUGCUGUGGGUCCAAAGGAAGUAUUGAUGUAAUUAUUUUAAAGUAAGGCAUUCUAAUCUGCACACAGUAGAUCCUACUCUCAAAAUAAUAACCUUGAAAUUAUUUAUUGUAAUUUAGCUAAUAGUGGCACACGUUAAUAUUUUUUUUUCUAGUUCACAAAAUCCAACUCGGCCACAUAAGUCAUACGUUAAACAGAUACGGAUGUGUCCUGCUGCAGUGCUGAUCAGAGUGUUGUGUGAACCAGGGUCUGCUGACUGUUCCAGUCCGGCCGUGGCCAGUAAGCUGUGCAGCAGACCCUGCAGGGCUGUCUGCUGUGCGGCUGUAUUCAGGUCGAUCUAUGGAAUAGCUGUAAUAUUCAUUUCUCCCCAGACUAGUCAUUCCAUUUUUGGCACUUUAUGUCUGUGUGUCAAUAGGAGCACUUCCCCUUUUUCCCUGUGUUUUGGUGAUACUUGGUUAUGGUUGCAAAUGAAAUAUGGGUGGAUGGUUACUGAGGCAGUGAACAUGGUUGAGGACUAGUGGUAUAAAUAAAUCUAACAACAUGCUGUAUGAGGCCCGGGGAGGCGUAAGGAGACUGUCUUAAACAUGCAUAGAGAAGAGACCCAAAGGAGGGAAUCAGCUUGCCAGUCUUCCCAUUAUAGGUAUUUGUUUCCAUUGUAUUUUAUAGCAGUAAUACUACAGGAUAUGCCAUUUUCUCGGCUGUCUGAAACAUUUUAUAUGGAUUUCAGAUACCUGAAAUAAUUAGCUUCAACUGUAUAUCCACUUUUAUGUGUGUGUGAUAAAACCUCCUUUAAUUGGAAAAUAAGUAAUCAAAGCCCUCAAACUAGAUUUUUCUACUACCUGCUAUCAGAAGAGGCAAAUUAUAAUAAUGCUUAAAAAUUAAAUCAGGGAUUUAAUUUUAAAAACAAAAAAGCCUUCCAGGGUAUCUUACAUAUCUAGCCCAGUUUCAUAUACUUUCUAAAUCUAGCACAUAAGUCAUCAAACUUUUUAUGUAAAGGGAUAUUUAGUCAGUAACUUAGAUUUUUAGGCCACAUACUAUCUCUAUCAGACAUUCUUCUUUAUAUUUCUUUGUAAUCCUUUAAAAAUGUGAAACAAGUCUUAUUACCUAAUGAGCCUCACAGAAAACAAGUUGCUGGCCAUUUUCUUCCAUCCCCUCCUCCAGAGAAUUACAAACGUUUAUAAUUUAUUUUCAGAUGCAUGCACCUGAGACACCAAAAGCCCUUAUUUAUAUCAUCUUCCAGCAACAACAAAACUUAGAGUUGUGAUUUACAUUUAAGUAUAUUUUCAAGUAAAAUUAGUAGUCAUGCUGCCUGAUUUACUCAAAUAGAUUUGAGUUUAUUUCUAUUAGCAUGGAACUGAUUUACACCCAUUCUCCAAGCAUCCUUAUUAAUAACAGUUUUACUAUAUCUUAACUGUAUAUGAUUCUGUAUUUUUUUCUCUUUUGGUUGCAGUCAGUAGCCACAGAAGAAUAUGGCAGUGUUUGAGAGCACAGUGAGCCAGUUUUAGAUGGCCUGGGUCUUGGAUCAGCCUUGUGACUUAGAGGUGGGAGGUGGAGAGAUGGAUAUAUAUAACUGACCUUGUCUGGGCCUAAAUUCUUGUGUAACUGAGGUCUAGACACCUUCCUAACAUCCUUCCAGGUCUAAAAUGUGUUUCUUUAUAUGUAGUUAGGAUAAACCAUGAAAAAGUGCAUAAAGCAAUUACUUUUGGGACCUGGGUUUGUGAGAGCUAUAGACCAAAAAUCAGGAAACCUGAGUUCUUAUCCUAAUUCUGUUAUCAGCUUUGCUCUGUGACAGUGAUAAAAUCACAUAAUCUGUCUGGACCUCAAGCUCUUCACUCGUAAUCCACGGGUCUAAGUUUUUUGACUUAGUUUUCCUUUCAAGCACAGAACGAUUGUAAAAGGUAAUAAUUGAUUCCUUUGUACUCUUCCUUUUGACAUUUUUCUCAUUGUACAUUGGGAACAGAUCCUAGAACAUGGUAUUAAUUAGCUCUCUUGAUUGAUUUUUCUGCAUAAUAUUGAUGAAUUUGGGUGAUGGAAAAGAAUGGAAAUUGUUAAAACUUCUGUUCUCAAACCCAGUUCUUCUGCAUGCCAACAGGUAACCAUACUUACCAACCUAAGCCAUAUGUGAGGAAGUCAGAGAUGGUAAUCUUCCAAGUUCAGAGUUGGAGAGCACAAUUUUUUAAAAUAAUACUUACUGAUUAUUUUUUCCUGAUGAUAGAGUACAUUUAUCAUAACAUAUUUUUUGAAAAACAAAGUGAAUAAAACACAGGUAAUUUAGCAGAAAUUUCUCACCCCCUUUUUUUUCUCAGACCAUGUAAUUUUAGAACAUGAAAAUCUGUAGUAUUUUCCUCUCCCUCCUCCUUUCAUUCUCCCUGUUUCCUUUUGCUCCUGUCAUUUUCUUAAGACAUUCUUGCAACUGCAGGUGCCCACGUCCACUGCCGGCUUGGGCUACUGAGGGCAGUCAGAGCCAGGGCCGGGGAGAAGCACAGAGGAAGUCUCUUGAGAAGCCGUGUAAUAUAGGAAAUGGAUGAGGUAGAGACCCAAAGGAAAACCUCCCUCUGGUAGUGUCUACAGGAGUGGAGACAGGACCUGAAAACAUCCACAUCUCUUUAUCCUCACUUGAUUCUUACUGUUGUUGCCCAGUGACAAUAAAAUAAUGAGCUUUUUUUUUCUUUGUCCUGCUUGGCUAGUGGAAAUUGACAGUAGCACUUUCUCAGUAUAAGACUUGGCUCUUUUUAAAAUCGAAUCUCAAAGUAACAUUCAAAACAAAAAUCAGUGGAAUAAGAUCAACAAGAUCAGACUCCUUCCCCUUCCAUUAUUUUAUCCUUGAACUAUCUUCAAAGCCACAUUAGGACGUAGACACUUUUGCCUUCUUGGAUGUCUUCUUCCAGAAAAAAAAUUAAAAAUUAAUUCAUUAUACUUGAAUUUGUAUGAAAUGAAUCUAAUGUUUAUAAACAUAUCCUCAAUCGAUAAGAUUGAUUUUUUUUCCUUCUGAAUUUACAAGGAAUUAAAACAUUUUGUGGGCUGGAGACGUGGUGCCUAAUCGAUGGUAAGGUGGCCCUCCCUAUAUUCUGAGGGGUGUCCUUCAGAAGACCAUAGUCAUUCCUCUCUCCCGGUAAAGCCGAUGUCACAGGCCCUCGGGCAGCUUCACCCCAGCCAAGAACACUGCAGUUCCUGGGGCUUUAGAUCUAUAGAUUUGAACUUCAUUCUUCACUCACCUGACCAAAACUUAGGAAUGUUGAUUAGGAACAGCCCUCCUUCCAAAAAAAAAAAAAAGGAGGCAGUGAUUAGUUUUAGCUUUCACGAAGACAUUUUUGUUCUGAUCCUUAAUCUAUAGUUUUGAAACUCAUGCCAUGUAUCCUCCACCUUUCAUUUCUUCAUUUCCCUCAAGCCCUUCUCUUCAUCCCCACCCCUCUACUUCUUACCUCUCAGCAUAUAGCAUUUGUUUAACGGGUCCUGAAGAGUAGCGUUUAACAGACAUUCGUGCCCCGCGGAAGCCAGUGGUGCCCCGCCUUGCCUCCGGAACUGUGCUCCCCACAGGAGGGGGUGGGGUCUGCACUGUGCACACGGAAAGCAGCCCGAGUUACAGCGGCAGCGGUCUGGGCGGGAGGCCAAAGCCUCACCGGGCCAACCCCAGCAGGCCUGCUCUGCCCCGUGACUGCUUCCCGUUGGUCUUGCUGGGUCCUGAUGGGGGGGCGGGAGGACACCCCAGGGUUGAGGCUUUGCAUGUGGACAGUGAGACUGAUGGACACCUGACCCCUGACCUAAGGCUGCGUAUCCUCAAGUCAUCAGCAGGCACUCAGCUGAUGGAUUUUCAAUAGUUUAAGGAAAGGCAACUAAUUUUUUUAACCUACAUUCUCCUCUACCAGUAGCAAGAGACUUGAGUCCAGAGUCCUACGUGAUGGCAUUUAGGAAAACUUAACUUCAUCCAAGCACAAAGGAAAAAGCACAUUUUUUCAUCGUCUCUAUCAGGAUUAAUACAAAAUUUAACAAAUUUGAUCAGUAUCCCCAGUUUCCCAGCAGCUAGUUUUCUUACAAAUUAAUACCAUACUUUGUAAUAUUUCCAGAAAAUCACUGUGGAGAAUAAUGUAAUAUACUUUAAUUCCUGACCUUUUCUUAAAUGGUUUUUUUUAUAUGUGCUUUUCCCCAAAACUCUAUUUUCUCUCUCUCUCUUUUUUUUCAUAUUCCCUGUAAUUUGUGCUUUCUGGCCUUUUCUGAAUCUUUUAAGCCACCUUAAUAAAUUCUUUCUGGAACAAGGCAGAGAAUAAAUAUGUUAGCUCCCCUAAAUGAGAAAAUCAAAAUUUCCCAGAGAAGCCAUAAUUAUACCAGAAGCUCUAUGCCAAACUGAAUUUGAGAAGGCAUAAUUAACUUAGGAUAUCUGGGUUGUUUGUAUUUUCUUCCUUGGACUAUAUUUAUGAAUAUAUCCGUAAGAACUUUAAUUUCAGGGAAAAACGCCUUGUGCGCUAUCUUUGAGGUUUUCUUGAAUAUUCUUUGAGGAUUUAAGAAGAAUGUUAAAUGUAAUUUCAUAGUUUGUACUCCUGUCUCAUAGGUUAUCACAGAAUAUUUGUUUCAACCUAUGAAUUAUAAAAUAGUAUUUAGAUUCCAGCAUGAUUUAAAUAGACUGGCCAUAGGUCUUUGAAUUUGUGGAUUUGAUGUGUAAAUUGUGUAUUAUGUAUGAGUUCACUCUCUUGAUAAACCUGUUGCUGUGGUUUUCCACAAAUGUUAUUAGUGUUUAUGGAUUUCUUUUAUUCUUUGAAUUUUGGGAUGUUCUGUAAUGAAAGAUAAUGACAAACUAUUUUGUACAUUUAAAUAUGAUGCCACAUUGUCUAAAUCUAUAUUAAAGAAUAUUGUAAAUAUUAAUGUUUAUACAGUUAUGAAUGCUUUUCCUCAAAAUGGUGGAACUUUUCGCCCUGUACUUAACAAUGACAUGUUAUAAAAUAUCUGAUUUUAAGCUUUGAAACUUUAGCUUGUGGUAAAAAGUAAAGGGAAACAUUCUGAAGAUUCUAUAUAAAUAAAAUUUUGAAAAAAAGCUGGUGAA